CUGGAAAACAAAAAGAGGAAAGUAUCGUCUCCGUCUCCGUCGCUCUCUCUCUCUCUCCCCGUCUGUGACACAGGAUCUGAGAUGGCGACCCUUAGGAAUCUGAAAAUCAAGACAUCGACUUGCAAGCGUAUCGUGAAGGAGCUUCAUUCGUAUGAGAAAGAGGUUGAGAGGGAAGCAACCAAGACUGCCGAUAUGAAAGAGAAAGGCGCUGAUCCUUAUGACCUCAAGCAACAGGAAAAUGUGCUCGCUGAAUCGAGGAUGAUGAUUCCUGAUUGUCGCAAGCGCCUAGAGGCCUCACUAGCUGACCUAAAAGGAACAUUGGCUGAAUUGGGGGAGAUGGACCAGAAAGAAGGCCCUGAAAUUGAAGAAGCCCGCACUAGCAUAACUGAGGUUGAACAGUUGUUUCAAACUGCAGGAGUUUAGUACGUCAGCUUGCGCAUCUGGUUAAAAAGAUUUGUUUCUAAAGAUGGUCAUGGGUGUGGUAUCACUAGCCUUUACUUUUAUAACUGAUGGAUAUUUUAUGUUUCUCUGAUGGAUUUUGGUGCAUUUGACAUGGCCAUGAUUUGUCAAAGAGGUGUACUUGAAAUUCAGAACUUGGGCUAUCACCAGUGCUUGCUUCUAGCCGUACAAAGCGGUGUCUAUCAUCUAUCUAUGUUUUAUUUGGUGCUACUGAUGUGACUUUAAUUCCAGUAUCUAAUACUAUUAACUAUCAGAAG